AGCUAGUUUCCUAUUUCGCGCCCACUCAGCGCGCGCUUCUAUCGGAUUUAGUUGCGCGCGCAUUAUAUACACUGAAGUAAGUAGAAGCAGAACGCUUGUAUGCCGGCGGUGCAGCAGCACGGUUGGCGUAAACAGCAGUUGACCUGUCUGAAAGGUUAGUCUUACUAAGCAGCAGCAACAACACGUGUAAACGAAUAUUUUGCGAUGGCGAAGCAUCAUCCUGAUUUGAUUUUCUGCCGCAAACAACCUGGAGUUGCUAUUGGUCGGCUUUGCGAGAAAUGUGAUGGCAAAUGCGUAGUUUGCGACUCAUACGUGAGACCUUGCACAUUAGUACGUAUAUGCGACGAAUGCAAUUACGGAUCAUACCAAGGCCGUUGCGUUAUUUGUGGUGGACCUGGUGUGUCUGACGCAUAUUACUGUAAGGAGUGUACUAUUCAAGAGAAAGACAGAGAUGGAUGUCCGAAAAUUGUUAAUCUUGGCAGCUCCAAAACUGAUCUAUUCUACGAGAGAAAAAAGUUUGGCUUCAAAAAACGAUAGAUUACUAUUUGUGCUUGGUCUAAUGAUAUACAGCUGAAAUUUUUUUCUAUUUUUAUAAGAACAUUUAUGAAAACUUAGUUACAGUGAAUUAAUUUUGUAACCAUAUAGACGAAACUUAUUGCAAUAGGUAAAUGAAACUUAGAUUAAUAACAAUUUUAUUUAAAUAAAUAAAAUUAGUCUUGUCUUGUAAUUCAUUCUUUUCAUUCAUUACAAUCAUAUUACAGUGAAUUUUGUUGGUGUUGGUUUUUAAUGUAUCAUAUUACAACUAUUUGACCUGUAUUAUAACUAUUUUUAAUGUCAUGCUCAUUUUAAUAUCAAAUGAACAUUGUACAUGUUCUUUUUUUAUAUUGUAAAGAAAACAAUUGACAAACUGAUCAAGUAUUUCACCAAGU